AGAGAGCAGACUAGCAAUCCAGCAGAGCACUUUCACUUUGAGCGCAGUGGGGACACACAGAGUGGCCAGAGGGAGAGCUAGAGAAGAGGAGGCCAGUGACUCUCCAGCUUUAUCCAUUAACCAGUUUCGAGGAAGAGGGGAGUGAUUCAUAUUAGGCUGUUCGGGAAGGUUCUAGGUCAGUAGUGAAAGGGAAAUAAAGUAUAAAACAAACAAAAGCUUUCACAGGACUGCAGCCACUCAGGAUUAAGAGGGAAAAUCCAUAGUGAGAGAGCGGGAUGGCGUGAGAGGAUAAAUGAGACAUUUAUUGGAAAGUACCAAAAGGACUCAAACGGAAGGAAUGUAUUAGGGAUGUCGACAAGAAGACUGCAUAUCCAACGGUGAAGGAGAAGACAGCAGUCAAAGACACAGCAGUCAAAGACCUCAGGAAGCCACAGAGGAGGAAACUUUGCCUUUCACAGACUGACACAGAAACCCGUCUGCAGAGGGAUUGCCGUCAACAAGAGAAAUGGAGAAGUGUCCAUUCUUAGAAAGAUAAAAGGAUGUCACUGCCAGUUUUGCUGUUGCUAUCACUCUUGACUGUCCGAUGUGGUGGAUGUGACUUUGACUUGGAAGGUGUGAAAAACAUUAAAACGACUAUCGACUCUAAUCCGACUGGAUUUCGCACGGUAUUUCCUAAAGAUUACUAUGUAGUGCACCGCUACACCAAAAACAUGCUCUGUAACACUGAUCCGUGUUGUGUGUUCCCUGCUGCAGUGGUCCUCCUCGAGUCCUGGCAUGUGCUUCUCGGAAACCUCUGGGAUGAGCACCUAAAUCACUCCUUAAUCCUCGAUCUGAAGCAGACACUGGAUAAAAUUAUAAAAAAGAACAUAAACACAGAGAGGUUCCAGGAGGAGACAGACCUGACCGAGUUCUCCACAUUAUCGUCGUCUCCUGAAGAACUACUCAGGCUAACGUCAGAACUUCUCACGCGAUGGCUCGAUGUCGGGUGCUUGCCUUUGAUUAAAACCUGCAUCCUGCCCACUUUCCCUCCCUCUGUUGAGAGGAAGGACUAUGGCCCGUCCAGGGCCAGACUCUUGACGACCCGAGCUAUCAGCAGUGAGGAGGAAGAGCAGCCUGACAAGAUGAUGGACAUGACACUGCCGCUGUCCAAUGGAGGUCCUCCAUCCCUUUCAUUUUUGCCUUCUGUCUGGAGCCCCUUGCUAUUGAGACUCUAUUGGUGGUUGUUGCCAUAGUUCCUGAAAUGAAUCUUUUUUUUUUUCUUUUUUUCCCCACAAAAUUCAAGACAUUUCCUGGCACUGAAUGUUUGUUUUCUUAUACUUGUGUCUUUGUGUUUUAAUGCAGCAAGCUUUGUUAAUAUGAAGUGACAUGCACAGGUUGCAUUUAACGUCCAAAGUUAGUUCACGUAGUUGCGCAACAGUGCUCUGUAACAGCUGGUGUAAACACAGAUGUAAACGUAUAGCCAUCUUCUCUAGAGCCAGCCACGAGCUCUAGCUAGCUAUGCUCUUCAUGCUAACCAGAGAUAAAUGCUGAGCAAGCCAAUGCACAUAAGCCAUCGUCUAUUGAUGUGGAAUUCAUCACUGUUUACAAUUAAUGUUAUGUAAGUGUAAGAUAUUGCAGUUCAUGGGCAUCUUUUGUACAUAAUGUAAAUUAAAGACAUUUAGAUAUAGAUAUAUAUAUAUAUACAUUGUUAGUUUUUGAUAUAAUAUCCCAAGGAUUGUAAGCUAUAUUUAUUGUGGUCAUUAGCAUUGGAAAGUAACCAAGUACAUUUAAUCAAAUACUGUGCAAUUUUGUAUUUCCAUUUUAAGCAACUUUACACUUCUACUUUACUUCUACUACAUUUCGGAGGGAAAUAUUGUAGAUUGUACACCGCAACAUUAAUCUGACAGUUGGAGUUAAGGGUUUACAGAGAUGAUGCAUUGUUAUAGAUUAAACCACCUAACAGUUUAUGAAGUCGUUAAAAUAAGCUCCACCAACUACAGCAGUAAAAUGCUUCAAGAAUAGCAUAAGUAUAAUAGUGUAACGAUCUUUCCUGCAAGAUAUACUAUAUAUAUAUAUAACAAAAAAUAAUCUUAAUACUUUUACUUCAGUUUCAUUUUAAAUACAUAUGUUUGACUUGUAACGGCAUAUAUUUACAUUGUGGUAUUAAAAUUUUUUGCUUCAGUAUGUCAGUAUAAACAGGACAUUGUUCCUCUUCUGCUUAAAGAGAUUAGAUUUUGUUUAUGACUUUGCAUUCCAGCAACAUGACAUAGUUUGUGUUAGGAGUCCACGUGCAUGGAGCUCAACCAUUACUGCCUUCUCUUUAAAAGAGUGUUCAAAUGCUUUACUAUUUCUGUAACUCUGAUAAAGACUGAGAGAUGAGUUGCAGGUGAGGGAGGUUUUCUGACUCGUCAGGAUUUACACGAGAAAUAAAAAGUCCACCAUUUGGUGCUCA